AUGGUUGCAGGAAACCCAGCUGAAAUGAUGAACAUCUUGAACCAAAACAGAACCGCUCAGAAUCUCAACAAACCAAAAGAGUCUCCUGGUCUUGGCUGCAAGGACUUUCAGUAUGUUGAGCUCUGCGAGGUGGAGCAGCUUGAGCGUGAGGGAAGUAAGCUUGUAGCUGAGGAUGAGCUUGAACCGGAGCUUGUAGCGGAGGAAGCUUUAGCUGCAUCACUGGAACUGGUUACUCAUUCUGGAGUUAAUCUUGAGCCAAGGUGGAGAAGACACGAUCCUAAACCUCCCUGGUUUUUGAUCCAAGCUCAAGAUAUCAGCAAAUGGGCAUGCACCAUGGUGUCCGAGAAGGAUGAUGAAGAGGAAUCAAGCAAGAGCCUCAACGAAACCAUGCUGGAACAAAUCAAGAAGAUGAUGAUUGAGGAGUUUGAUCGGAGGGAACAUGUUAAAGAAGGAAAGCAGAAGCAACCUAAGGAUCCGGUCACAUCUAAGAAGAAACCAGUUGAGGAUCUUAGUGGUUACAUGAUGAUGAUUCCGCCAUUCCUUGGGAACAAUGAUCCAGAUGUAUAUCUGGAUUGGGAGAAGAAGUGCGAGAUUACCUUCAACCGGCAUAACAUAGCUGACAUCAACCGAGUAAAACUAGCAGCUAUGGCGUUCAAGUAUUAUGCUCUAAGUUGGUGGAAACAGGUUGAGACGGCCCGAGCUUACAGUGGAGCUUAUGAGAUCUCUACUUAG